AUGGCAGGCCGCCGAGGAACAAACCUGAAAAACGACUAUUGGCCUAAAGAUCUUCUCCUUUCGAUCUUGGCUACCCUUCCAGCCAAGUCUUUGUUACGAUUCAAAUGCGUGUCCAUGCAUUGGCGAUCACUGAUCAUCAACCCUUAUUUCAUCGAGCAACACCUCGAAAAGCAACAGAAAAAGGAUUACCCUCAAUUGGUAUUUGCCUCUAGAGCAUCUAAACCUGAUAUGGUUUUGGAAUCCAUGGCCAUUGUCGAUGUUGAGGUUGGCGAUGAAGAAGGAACAAAAGUCAGAAAAGGUUUCAGACGAAGUUCUUCGAGUAUCUGUCAUCUUCCGUGUGCUCAUUGUUUCUUAUCCAAUUCUUGUGAUGGAAUUCUUUGCUUCUUUGGGAUCACUAGUGUCUUUGUUUACAAUCCUGGAACUAGAGAGUUUCGGACUGUUAAGAUGCAAAAGAAGGGAUUCUCCCCUAGGAUUAAUUUUUGCCUUGAAUUUAAGAGACAAAGGAUUGUGUAUAGUUCUGUUAAUGAAGUAAUUGCAAAGAAGGGUAUGGCCAAGGAAACUAAUAAAAGAGCUUAUUCUGAUAUCUUCUUUGCAGUACGAAUAUUCCCAAAGGAUUUCUUGGUAGGGUUUGGUCGUGAUCAAGUUACAAAAGAAUGCAAAAUUAUACGAUUGUUUACACCUAAAGAAGAAAACGAUAUUCAUGAGUGCGAGGUUUUUACAUUGAGUUCAGAUGCUGGGGCUUCAUGGAAGGGCCUUGGCGAAGUUGCUUACUUCAUUAGGGCAGCACAACUACCUGUCUAUCUCAAUGGAGCACUUCACUGGAUCCUUGACAUUAGACAUGCUAACCCUUCCGAGGUGAUCGUCUCCUUUGAUCUCCAUACUGAGAAAUUCCAAGCAAUAUCACACCCAAGUUGUUACUCAGAAGUCUCAGAUCGUAGUAAGCUGAAACAUAUGGAGUUACUGCGUUUGAGAAGCUCUCUAUGUCUAUUAGAAGGAAAAUACUACUGGCCGUCUCGGCAGCUGAAUAUUUGGAUAAUGAAUCAAAGCAAUGGAAUUUGGGAGAAGUUGUUUUCUAUUAAUCGGGGAUUAACGAAAAAUGGAAUUCCAUUGGCAUGUCCAACAGCGGAACUCAAGGAUGGAACCUUUUUUGUUUUACGUAAUUGGAAAAACUUGCAAAUAUUUGAUCCAGAGAGCCAAAGUGAUAGUGAAGUGUUGAUACAACAUGAGAAAUAUGUUGAUUGCUAUGCAUACUCCGAAAGCUUAGUCCCUCUUUAUGGAGAGCCACUGGUUGAUUGA